AUGAAAUCGCUGUCGACUGUAAUAGGAGCUACAAUCAUCUUCCAAUUCCAGGCCCACGCUUCCCCAAAUCUUCAAAGUCCUUUUUAUUGCGGUAAAAGAAUAAUACCUUACGAAGUAGUGGAAAGAGCAAAAAUCCAUGCUUGCGUCAGUCUAGGCGAUUCAGAUUGGUUGAACGAAUUCCCGGCUGCGCUAGAUGGCUCGAAGAUAUUUGAUAUCAAAGAUGCCACUCUCUUUUCCUGGCCACUUGACUGGAUAAGUACAAGCGAAGCCGGCGAAAGCAGUGCUAGAAAUGUACGGGUUGUCAUAGACUCCAUGUGUAGGUUGAUUGGUGUCCUCAAUCGAAUCGAAAACUCCUACCAAAAGUGUAUCCAAUCCCUAAAUCCACAGGCUAUAUCGGCCCAUUCUCUCGAGCUUAGUCUGGGAAAUCCAAUUAAAAAGUACGGGAUUGGAUGCAAUGAAUACCUAUUUUUAUAUGGUGACUUACAGAAAGCUUAUGAAUCUCUCAGUCGCUACCAUUUCACCUUGAGAUCUUCGGGACAUGUCCAUUCUCAGGAUGGUCUUCUUCAAAGCCAUACUCUAGUUUCUGGAGGCGAAAAAGUGUGGUCAUGGCCAAUUGAAUUUAUCCCGGAUGAAUUCUCACCCCAAAGUAAUCAUCAGACCAGGUUCCGUGUCGUAUUAGACUCGUCCGGAAAUAAUAGGGGGCUUAUACAAUCUAAUGGAGGCGAUUGGAGUUGGUGUCAAGAUAUUCAGUUUAUUGAUAAAAAACCAGCCAGAUCAUUGAACAAACACAAGACCUCGGUUGGCGAGGAUUAUUUCAAUGUGAAUAGGGACUUCAUGUGCGGCGAUCAACUUAUCACCGCUGUAACUAUAAAUAGCCACAUGCAGGCAGCAUGUAUCCGAGUUCAAGCGCUGUUAAAAUUGGGAGGCAAAAAGAAACUUAGGUAUCCCUGGUCACCUCCAAAUGUUGAAUACAAAUCAAAACCUAUAUGGUAUUGGCCUAUAAGACUUUCAGAACUUCACGACGAAAAAUAA